AUGAAUCCUGAAUUCAAACCUAUACCAUUUCUGAAAUUCCCGGCGGUGCCACGGACUAAAAUAUUGCACUUGUUGGAGACUGCUGAUUUAUUCGACCUCUCCCUCUGCUCCAAGAAAAUGACUCAAAUGGUCAAGGACACGAGAACUCUUGCAUCUAGUCAUAAAAUCCUAUUCAAAGCGAGCGCAUCUUUAAUAGAAGUCAAAUUUCUAAAUGAGAGAAAAUUGUUGUGGUUUGAUUUUGGAAGAACUCAGUCAAGGGACCAAAUGAAAGACCAGAGAAAAGUGGGAAAAGUCUUUCUUUAUUAUGUUCAAAAAAGUUACUCUGAACCGGGCCCAAUGAAUACAUUUUACGUUUGCUAUCCGGAUAAUGUUCGUGGAAUGGCUGAAGUCUCCAAACAUCUUGUCAAUUUGUUCCCGGGACCAGUUGAUUUGGAAUUCUCAACAUCUUACAACAAAAAUAUUGCAACUGUUUUUGGAUAUGAACAUUGUCAACAAUUGGAAAGUCUUCGAAUUUGUGGAGGGGUAAUUAUGAAAGAGCUCAUGAAACAGAUAUUUGAGGAAAUUACGAUUCGAAGGAAAUUAGUGGUUAAACCGGAUAUAGAUGAUGAAUAUAUGAUUUUGGAGGCAUUGAAAGUGGAAGACUUGCAUCUCUCGAAUGCUUAUUCCUGGACAUCAGCACAUCUUCUCCAAAUGGAAUGCCGUUUUGUACUUUUACAAAAACAUUACUUCUCUUUAAAACAUGUCGAAGCAUUUGCCAAACAUUGGUUGGAAUCUCCCGACUCCAAAAUUGAAUGGGUUCGAUUGGGAUGGAGCGAUCAGCCGCGGAUUUUGAGUUUCGAGAGUUUAAAAACUAAAAAAUGGGAUAGAAAACAACGAGAGAUGAUGUAUUUGUAUAGUUAUGAGAAUGUUCCGACACGAUUGGAUUGUUCAAAUGGAUUCGAUAUUGAUAAGGAGAAUGGAGAUUUGGCAACUAUUGUGAUUGCAAGAGGAGAGUUAUAUUUCUUGGUUUGGAAUGAACGAUUUCCGGAGAAAAAGAGAAUGGAGAAAUUGCCGGAGGUUUUAAAACCAUACUACAAACAAUUAGAAGAUUUGGAGAAGGAAUACGAUGAUUCUUGUUCACUGGAACGCCUUCUUGCAAAUCCAUCGUUGAGAAUUGAGGAAUUCGUUGAAACUUAUAAUGUGAUACGUGGGAUGGAUGCAGAAGUUCGAUUGUCUUCUGUCGGAAGAACGCAGAGACGACGAAUUUUUGAUGAAAUGUUCCGGAAAAUUGAUUAUCAGGAUUAUAUUAAUAUGUCUUGA